CAAACAUUCCCUAAUUUCAAAUUUAUCCACUCAUCGAUUCAUCAAAAUUCCAAAACCUAUAAAUUUGCGGCACAAAAAUCUGCAAAUUAUGAACAGAAAUUUCAUAUGGGACCUCACCUGAAGAGAAAACGCACUUCCACCUUCAUAGAAUUGGUCAGCUCAGGCGCCCAGCCAAACCCCUCCCCUGUUCCGUAUGAUUGCAUAUUUCAUGCAUGUGGAGGGUUCGCUUGCUCGAUCUGGCCAUUCACAAAAACCCUAUUUGAAGGGAUUUGGAUUAGAAAACAUUAUUAUUAUUAUCGGUUUGUGGUUCGACAGGCUAUGAACGAUCCAAUUUAUUGGAGAUAAUCUCGUUCUCGCAUGCCAUAUUUCAAGUUGGGCGCUGCAUUUAUGAAUUUGAUCACCUAAUGUGGCCCCUCCUGUGAAAAGGGCGUUUCAUUUAAAAUUUUAGGGUGAUAUUUGGAGUGGGGUUAUACUCCAAAAUUUGAUUUUAUUUGUUUUUUAAUGAAUUCUAGGUAUCGAUUACUAAGAAUUGCAGAAGUAUAUAAUUUGGCCAUUUGUAAGUGGUGUGCAUCAGAUAUAAAAUUCGGUUUGGUGAUUAUUGCUGCAAAGACUUGAGUUUUGGGCUCUGUCAAGCAAGGGGGAUGCUUCAUAGUCAGCUCGUGCAAAUUGGAGGUUUUGGAGUUGAUUUUCGGAUGAUACAACAAGUGUUGAGUGGAUUUCGGUCUGCUGAUUCAAGACCAAAUGCAUAUCAAAAGAGUACUUCUGUUAAUUGUUUCCGUGUUUCUGCAUGUCAGUACUGGGGCAACAAGUUUAGAGAACAGGAAUAGCCCAGAAGAGGAUUUACUGGCCAGUCUAAUCAAAUAUGGAGGGAUAAAUCAUGACCAGGCUGAGUUAAUAUGGUUAAACUGUAGGAUAGAGUUGAUCCAUGCUAAGGAAGCAGUUGAAGAUCUUGAAUUUUCUGUCCAAGUGGAUAAGUAUAAAGGGAACAGGGAAAUAAUUUCUAAUGGUAGACCAUCAACAAAAGAAGAAACGCAAAAAAGCGUAAAUAUCUUGCACCCAUUUGUAAAACAAACCCUUCUGGAUUGUUCAAGGGAGAAAAAUCUCAUGUUUCUUGUCUCUGGAGAGGAAAGUGUUUCAAAAACUUUGUAUAGCAAGUGCUUGGACUUCUUAUUUGUGAGGCCUUGUGCUCCUAAACAACGUGAAUUAUUUCAGAGCUUUGGAGAAAUACCUGCUCCAUCCCCCAUAGUUGCAUCACAUAGUCCAAAACCAUCAAGGCCUAAAGUUGCUAAAUCUUCACCGGAUGCUGAUCCUCCAGUGCAGCCAUUCAAUCCACGAAAACUCAGUGAUACUGCCACUGUUAAAAGUUCUAAAACAAAUUUAUCCUUUAGUUUAAAAGCAGAAUCAUCUGGCGAAAGUUCUGCUCCAGUUGCUGCAGCUGCUGCAGUGGUAUUGGUUGCAGUUGCCUUGCUGGCCGUAUGCUGUUAUAUGAUUUGUGGGGGCGGAUCUGGAAUUGGACAGAAUGAUGAGAAGCCUCUCCUGAGCUUAAGUUCUGCUGCCUCUUCACAGAAGUCAUUUUCUUUGGGCACUUCAUUAAGUAAUAGCAAGAGUGGUAAUAUUUCAUUUCACAACUCCAAUGAUAAAAUGGAUUGUAAUUUGUUUGUGGAGCCACAGACACUCGGCAGCUCUAGAAUGGAGAUCCCAGUGGGAAAUGACUCCAUUCCUGUCACCCCGAUAGAAGAUUCUGCUCCCCUGAAGCCUCCCCCAGGCAGAGCUGGACUGCCUCCCCUGAAGCCUCCCCCUGGUAGGACAGUUCUGCCACCCCCUCCUGGAAAGACAGCUCCUCCAGCACCAGCACAAGCACCAGAACCAAAACCAGAACCAGAACCAGAACCAGAACCAGCACCAGCACCAGCACCAACACCAACACCAACACCAACACCAACACCAACAACAACAUCAACACCACCACCCCCUCCUCCUAAUGCAUCAUCUUCUGCACCUCCCGCACCUCCUCCUCUAAUACCAUCCUCUGGUGGACCCGCUGCACCUGGACCACCUCCUCCACCUGGUGCCAAGGCUGGUCCUCUUCCCCCACCACCUCCAGGUGGAGCAGGUCGCGGAGUGCCUCCACCACGUCCCCCUGGCCCUGGUGGCGGCCGCCUCGUAGGAUUUAGGCCACCUCAGGCACCUUUUGGACCAGGGGGUUAUGAAGACGACAGUAAUAAAGCUAAACUGAAGCCUUUCUUCUGGGAUAAGGUUCUAGCCAACCCUGAUAGUACAAUGGUUUGGAAUCAGAUAAGAGGAGGGUCAUUCCAGUUUAAUGAAGAGAUGAUCGAGACUUUAUUUGGUGCUGCUCCAGAUAAAAACAAGGCUGGAGCAAAGAAAGAGAAAGUAGAAGAAAAACCUCAGUAUGUUCAAAUUAUUGAUCAAAAGAAGGCACAGAACUUAUCAAUUCUCUUAAAAGCUUUAAAUGUGACAACCCCAGAAGUUUGUGAUGCUCUGAAAGAAGGAAAUGAGCUUCCAGCAGAACUAAUUCACACUUUGCUGAGGAUGGCACCAACAUCUGACGAGGAGUUGAAACUGAGGCUCUUUACUGGUGAACUUUCACAACUUGGAGUUGCAGACCGAUUUUUGAAAGUCUUAGUGGAAAUUCCAUUUGCCUAUAAGAGGCUAGAAACAUUGCUUUUUAUGUGCACGCUUCAGGAGGAAGCAGCAAUGGUUAAAGAGUCAUUUUUAACCUUAGAGGCUGCCUGCGGCAAACUCCGGAAAAGCAGGCUAUUUCUCAAACUCCUAGAGGCCGUUCUAAAAACUGGCAAUCGCAUGAACUCUGGAACGUACCGUGGUGGUGCACAAGCUUUCAAACUGGAUACGCUUCUAAAACUAUCUGAUGUGAAAGGAAAAGAUGGGAAAACUACCCUUUUGCACUUUGUUGUUUCAGAGAUAAUCCGCUUGGAAGGUUUACGAGCUACCCGAGCAGCAAAGGAACUGAGGAGCAUAUCAAGCAUCAAGUCUGAUGAUCUGUCACUGGAAUCUCCCCCGGAAUCAGAAGAUUAUAUUCUAAGUCUUGGUCUGGAGGUUGUGUCAGAUUUGGGGACUGAGCUUGAACAUGUCAAGAGAGCUGCACUUAUAGAUUCGGAUAACUUAACUGGAACAGUUGCUAGGCUUGGUCAUGGAUUACUAAAUGCCAAGAAUUUUCUCACCUCAGAAAUGAAGAGUGUAGAUGAAGAGACUGGGUUUCGCGAGACACUAGAGAGUUUUUUGCAGAGUGCUGAGGGUCAAGUCAUGGGGUUGCUUGAACAAGAGAAGCAAAUCAUGGCUCUAGUGAAGAGCACAGGCGAUUACUUCCAUGGAAAUUCAGGGAAGGAUGAAGGUUUGCGCUUAUUUGUUAUAGUCCGUGAUUUUAUGUUAAUGCUAGAUAAGGUGUGCACAGAGAUAAGAGCUCAACACCUUAAGAAAAAGAAAGAAGCAAAGAAAGAGAAUCCCAGUGGUGCACCUUCAGAACCCCCCAAGCCCACUCAACCUGUUAGUAAACCUUCAGAACCCCCCAAGCCCACUCAACCUGUUAGUAAACUUUCAGAACCCGCCCAAUCCACUCAACCUGUUAGUAAACCUUUUGAACCCGCCCAAUCCACUCAACCUGUUAGUAAACCUUUAGAACCUAUCCAGUCCACUCAACUUGUUAGUACACCUUCUUCAGAAGAACUCGCCCAGUCCACUCAACCUGGUAGUACACCUUCUUCAGAAGAACCCGCCAAGUCCACUCAACCUGGUAAUACACUUUCAGAAGAACCCGCCAAGUCCACUCAAUUUGGUAGUACACCUUCUUCAGAAGAACCCGCCAAGUCCACUCAACCUGGUAGUACACCUUCUUCAGAAGAACCCGCCAAGUCCACUCAACCUAGUAGUACACCUUCUUCAGAAGAACCCGCCAAGUCCACUCAACCUGGUAGUACACCUUCUUCAGAAGAACCCGCCAAGUCCACUCAACCUGGUAGUACACCUUCUUCAGAAGAACCCGUCCAGUCCACUCAACCUGGUAGUACACCUUCUUCAGAAGAACCCGCCAAGUCCACUCAACUUGGUAGUACACCUUCUUCAGAAGAACCCGCCAAGUCCUCUCAACCUGGUAGUACACCUUCUUCAGAAGAACCCACCCAGUCCACUCAACCUGAUAGUACACCUUCCUCAGAAGAACCCGCCAAGUCCACUCAACCUGGUAGUACACCUUCUUCAGAAGAACCCUCCCAGUCCACUCAACCCGUUAGUACACCUUCAGAAGAACCCGUCCAGUCCACUCAACCUGUUAGUACACCUUCAAAACCUCUCCAGCCCCCUAAUCCCAAUCGCAUUCCCAUUCCCAUUCCUCAUCAAAGGCUUCACCCAGCAAUCAUUGGAAGGCGAGUAGAUAGUAGUUCAAGUUCUGAUGAGGAUGAAUGAGGCUUCUUAGUUACAACAUCUCAAGUGUGUAGCUUGAAGGCCGGGCUUGUUGCAGCUGUAGAAACCAACCACUUCAAGAACUAUUGCCAGCCAUAUAUACACAUCUUACUUACUCCUGCCUGCAAUCCCAAUCCCGCCUUGAUACAAGUCUUGCGCUCUGAUCUUUGCAGGCCUGCCUUCCCGAAAUUACACUCACUUUUGUCAGCGUGGGUUUAGCAGCCAGCCGGGUGCUCAUCUCAUGUGUUGCAAUCCUGGUUGUAGAUUGCAGUAACUUUGUACAUUGGAUCCAACCACUCUUGUAAUUCUUAUUCAAUUUUGUUUUUAGUUGUGUUAAAAGUGUAACAGUAUGAGUUAUUAGGGUGUGCAUCGUUUUAGCACCAUUCUUUCUUGGCAAUGUUCUGUGAAAAUAUGUUUUCUUAUCA